GCUCCGCUCUGCUCUCCUCCCUGCCUGCCCGAGCAGCCGGUUCAUGGGGAAUGUGAAUGAUUGUCCUGAGGGACAUUUGAUGGAUUAGAGAGCUAAACAGUUCCAUUGCGAGAGGACCACCUGAUCUCCAGCCUGCGUCCCAUAUAAAGCCGGCAGCCGGACUGCUGAGCUCAGCGAGUGUGCCAGGCAGCGCCGCCUCCCCUCCCCUCCCCUCCCCUCCUCUCCUCUCCGCCCGGGCCCUCCCUGCCUCGCUGCCUAGGGACCGCAUGCGGGUAGUGCAGGGAGCUGUCCAGUGCUGAAGAGCCCGCUCUGUAAGGCAACAGCAUCCACUUUCCUCCAGCCUGCAGCCCCUGUCUCCCCAAGCCUUCCCCCCUCCCCUCCCAAGGCCCCAUUGAAGUUCCCCGCCGGGCCGACUCCGGCUCCGGCUCAGCACAGCACCAUGCCCCGCUCCUUCUUGGUGAAGAAGAUCAAAGCAGAUGCCUUCCAGUGUAGCAGCGUCCCAGCUCCCAGCUACCACCCCCUGGGAUCCGCAUAUGUGCUGCCGGGCUCCAGGGGGGCAGCCGGCCCCGCCGGGGACAGCGGCUAUGCUCCACACUGCCUUCCGCCCCCCAGCUAUGACAGCGAAAAGAAAGCGGGGCUGGAGCUGGCGCCGUCGGAAGCUGCGUACCCACCAGCCACGGAGGAGUACAGCGACCCCGAGAGCCCGCAGUCGAGCCUGUCGGCGCGCUACUUCCGAGGGGAGGCGGCGGUGACGGACAGCUACUCCAUGGAUGCCUUCUUUAUCUCAGAUGGGCGCUCCCGGAGGCGCGGGGCUGGGGAUGCUCGGGGGGCCGGGGGCGGGAACGGGCCUGGGGGAACUGGGGGUGGAAGCGGGGGGCACCGACACUCGUGCGGGGAGUGCGGCAAGACGUACGCCACGUCGUCCAACCUGAGCCGGCACAAGCAGACACACCGCAGCCUGGACAGCAAGCUGGCGCGCAAGUGUCCGACGUGCGGCAAGGCCUACGUGUCCAUGCCGGCUCUGGCCAUGCACGUGCUCACCCACAACCUGCGCCACAAGUGCGGCGUCUGCGGCAAGGCGUUCUCGCGCCCCUGGCUGCUGCAGGGCCACAUGCGCUCGCACACGGGCGAGAAGCCCUUCGGCUGCUCCCACUGUGGCAAAGCGUUCGCCGACCGCUCUAACCUGAGAGCGCACAUGCAGACGCACUCGGCCUUCAAGCACUACAAGUGCCGCCAGUGCGAGAAGACCUUCGCGCUUAAGUCCUACCUCAACAAGCACUGCGAAGCCGCCUGCUUCAAAGGCGCCGAGCACGCUUGCACCGCCUCCACCGCCGCUCUGGACAACUAACUCACCCCACCCUCCCGGCAGGCCCUGCCCUCU